AUGGACGUCCUCUCCUUCCUCACCUCGCCUUCCUCCUGCCCCCAUUUGUACCACAGUGCCUCCACCAACACCACGCCACCAAACGUGAGCACUGCAGGGGUCAGCCAUGUGAUCCUGAGGCAUUACAACUACACGGGCCGCCUGCAGAACAGGACCAUAUCCAACACCCAGAGCCCCAUCAGCGCCUCCACGGCUGUUUUCCUGUUUGUCAGCGUCUUCAUCGUUCUGGAGAACCUCCUGGUGCUGGUGGCUGUCCUAUCCCGCAUUCGCCACAGCCGCCGCUGGGUUUACGUCUGCAUCGCCAACAUCACACUCAGCGACCUCCUCACCGGUGCUGCCUAUGUGGUCAACAUCUGCAUGUCCGGCAGCCAGACGUUCCGCCUCACCCCGGCUCUCUGGCUCUUCAGAGAGGGCCUGCUGUUUGUCGCCUUGGCAGCCUCCAUCUUCAGUUUGCUGCUGAUCGCCAUGGAGCGAUACACCACCAUGAUGAAGCCGCUGCCCCAAAAGUCAACCACGAAGAGCUACUAUCGGAUCUAUGGCUUGGUGGCGCUUUGCUGGGUUUUGGCGCUGGUGAUUGGUUUCCUCCCAUUGCUCGGAUGGAACUGUGUGUGCAGCCUGGACGGAUGCUCCACUCUCCUCCCACUCUACUCCAAGACGUACAUCCUUUUCUCCCUGGUUAUCUUCUUACUCAUCCUCCUGGCUAUCGGCGUGCUCUAUGGUGCCAUCUACAGCCACGUACACAGGAGUGCACAGCUGGGCCCCCAGCGCAGUCGCAAACGCUCCAUGAGUCUAUUAAAAACUGUGAUCACCAUCGUGGCCGUGUUCAUGAUCUGCUGGGGGCCCCUGUUCGUGCUGCUUCUGGUGGAUUUUUUCUGUGCUUCCCGGCAGUGCUCGCUGCUGUUCAGCGCUGAUUUUUGCAUCAUGCUGGCUGUGCUCAACUCGGGCCUGAACCCCGUUAUCUACGCUCUGGGCAGUAGCGACAUGAGGAAGGCCAUGGUCGAGCUGCUGUGCUGCUGCCUCUGCCGCCCGCAGAAGUUCAUCUCCAAGGAGACGAGCAGCACCUCAGAAAGCAGAAGGGACAGUCUGAGGAACAGUUUUAACAAGGUCAGAAAUCUGAGCGUGGCCUCGCCGCCAUCAACCCCGAGCAAGCCUCGCAAGCCAACCAGAAAGUGCAGGCUGAGCACCACAACCAGCUGCCUGUCAGUUUCAAGUGGUUAA